AUGCCACGAUUAUCCGGACUCCAGAGAGAAGUCCUUAAGUUGUACAGAGAAUGCACGCGCUCUGUUAAUACGAAGCCCCGUGAAUUCCAAGACAAUUGGCGUACGUAUGUUCGUCUGGAGUUCGCGAAAUAUCAUCACCUUCCGAAAAAGUCAUUUAGCGUCAUCGAGCACCUUCUUCGGGUCGGCCGUCGUCGAUACGAAAUGUAUCUGGACCCAAACAUCAAAGACGUCCAUUGA